AUGGACCGCGCUGAAAUAGACAACUUCCUGGAGGCCAUGUAUGCUUCCGAGCUGGCAGCGCAGAACACGGCGGUGGACCCCGAUAUGCUGGCGCUGAGCCCAUCAGAGGUUCAGGUGGUGCUGCCAAUGCCGCACCACUCUCAUCUUGGUGGUGAUGGCCUGCCUGCUGUUCAGGUGGGGACCGGCGCGGCGAGCAAGGAGGCGCCGCGGAAGGAAAGAGCGCCAACGAUACGGCGCGGGGUGCCAAAGAAAAUGGCCGACUGCGAUGCGGCAGAUGCUAGGGGCAAGCUGAACGUUGCCAUUGAGCGGCACCUGGAGCAGAAUGAGUUGUUUGCCAAGCUGGAGCAGGACACGUCCUUGCUGCGGGACCGGGUGACCGCGAAGGAGAAGAAAGUUGAGAUCCUUCAGCGGGAGUCCGCCGCCAAACAAGCGGAGAUCAAGCGGCUAGAGGGUGAAGUCGCUCGCUUGGAGGCUAUGGGGGACCGUGCUGCGGCUGCCGCUGUUAAAUCAUACAAGCAGUCAGCGGAGUACAAGAAGGCGCUGAACGAAGCAGCUAAGGCUGGUGCCCUGGCCAAUACUCUGCUUCUGUUGCUGAAAAAACACCACCAAUAUAUGGCUCUAUUGGGAAACCCAAAACAUAUGGCUCUUUCAUUGACGGAAACAACAACACGCCUAUUUGUUACUAGAUUUCUUAGACAAUAUAGAUCUACUGGAUGUUUAAUCUUAUUAGAAGAGGGAGGCAAAAUAUUCAACUUUGAGGGAAGCAAAACGGACUAUUCUCUAAAAUCCGUUCUCAAAGUUCAUAGUCCUCAGUUUUACUGGAAAGUAAUGACACAGGCUGAUCUAGGCAUUGCAGAUGCAUAUAUCAGUGGAGAUUUUUCUUUUGAUGAUAAAGACCGAGGUCUUCUAAAUCUUUUUAUGCUUCUUCUUGCCAACGGAGAUUCUAAUCCCUCAAAAUCAAACAAGAAAAGGGGAUGGUGGCAGCCUUUGUUUUUCACAGCAACUAUAGCCACAGCCAAAUAUGUCUUUCAGCAUGCUUUAAGGAAAAAUAGUCUUACACAGGCUCGAAGGAACAUAUCUCGUCAUUAUGAUCUGAGUAAUGAACUAUUUUCGCUGUUCUUGGGUGAAACAAUGAUGUAUUCCACUGCAAUAUUUAAGACAGAAGAUGAGGAACUGAAUACUGCAAAGCUUAGGAAAAUCUCUACUCUCAUUGAUAAGUUGAGAAUUGAUGAGAACCAUGAGGUUCUAGAUAUUGGAUGUGGUUGGGGAACCUUUACUAUUGAAGCAGUCAAACAAACGGGUUGCAGAUACACUGGCAUCACUCUAUCUGAGGAACAACUGAAAUUUGCUAAAAAAAAAAAAAAAGCGAAGGAUGCUGGACUUCAGGACCGGAUCAAGUUCCUUCUGUGUGACUACCGCCAAUUGCCUUUUAACCACACAUAUGAUAGGAUCAUAUCUUGCGAGAUGCUAGAACAUGUCGGCCAUGAAUUCGUGGAUGAGUUUUUUUCUUGUUGCGAGUCUUUACUAGCAGAAAAUGGGAUUUUUGUUCUGCAGUUCAUAUCUAUACUAGAUGAACUCUAUGAUCAGUACAGGCGAAGUCCAGGCUUCAUGAAGGAAUAUAUGUUUCCUGGUGGAUGUCUACUUUCAUUAAGUAGGGUAAUAUCAGCCAUGGCCACUUCUUCUAGACUCUGUGUGGAGCACAUGGAAAACAUUGGAAUUCAUUAUUACCAAACACUAAGAUGUUGGAGAAAGAAUUUCUUAGAUAGACAGAGGUAA